AUGACUUCCGGGUCAACCAGGACGAACGUCUCCUCAUCGCAUAGCCGGCUGCAUCUCCCAGCAUCCCCUGUAGCUGCGGCCUCAAGCACCGCAGGCUAUUCACAAUACAGUUCCUACGAAUACUCGACUCGUCCUCGUACCGCCAUAUCAACCAUCGGAGUAGAGUCGCAACAAAUCAUCUGUGCUGUGAGCGAAUCCCGUGGUAUAGCUCCUACUGUUGGCCUUGCUUUUGUCAAUCUCGAUACGGGCGAAGCUGUUCUCAGCCAAAUACCAGACAGCCAGUCCUAUGUUCGCACCCUUCACAAAUUAGCAGUCUUCAGUCCUUCCAAGAUCUUGAUCAUAGACACGGCCGCCAAAUCUAGAUCCAAGUUGUUCUGCCUCAUCGAGGAGAAUCUGGACGACUUGAACAGCAACUUGAUCCUCCUUGACCGUCGCUAUUGGGCUGAAACUACUGGCGUCCAGCUCAUUGAACAAUUUGGCUUCAUCCAGGAUGUAGACAGUAUCAAGAUGUCCGUCGAGGGCAACUACUUUUCCAUCUGCUGCUUUGCCGCGGCUAUGAGGUUCAUCGAGCUUGCCAUGAACAAGACUUUCCCACCGCACUCUUUGAGAAUCAGAUACGAAGCAUCAGAAGGUUCCAUGACGAUCGAUCUUUCCACCAUUCGUUCCCUCGAGUUGAUCCAGAAUCUUCAAAACCAAAAGUCGCCAGACUGCCUCUUUGGUAUCCUCAACGAGACCUUGACACCAAUGGGUUCGAGGCUUUUACGGAGUAAUGUCUUGCAACCGCUUACCGAUCAGCAAACAUUGGAGACUCGGUAUGAUGCUCUUGAAGAACUGACAACCAAGGAAGACAUGUUCUUUGCUACAAGAUCAGCUCUAAAGGCCAUCCUGGAUGGAGACAAAAUCUUGACUCAGCUCAUCAUUAUUCCCACCAAGCCGUCCUUGCAGUCUACUGAGCAGAGUAUAAAUCAGGUUAUCAUGCUCAAGCAGUUUGUGACUAGCAUUCAGCCAGUCUAUGAAGCUUUGACCGGGUCAAGGAGUGUCAUGUUGAAAGAGAUUCGACGUGUCAGUAUCUCGACUACCCUUGAACGCCACCAACUGACAUAUCAGAAGAACUGUAUUCCAGGCAGUAUCGAUUCCAUCAAAGAGCUCAUCGACGAGUUCAUCAACGAGGACAUCUGUUACGCGAAGCAACCCCUCGAGCUGCGAAACCAGAGGACAUAUGCAGUCAAGUCGGGAGUCAACGGUCUGCUCGAUGUGGCUAGACAAACAUAUAAGGAGGCCAACAUGGACGUGUACCAGCUUGUUGACGAGUUACAAGACCUCAAAUAUGACAACGCUCGACAGUACUACCUCAGUCUCAAGACCUCGGAACUCGAGGACCGAAAUCUGCCGCCUGUUUUCAUCAACGUAAUCCGUAAGAACAACAGGGUAGAGUGUUCGACCUUGGAUUUACGAAAGCGCAGUCAGAAGAUCUCUGACUCGCAUACCGAAGUGCUACUGAUGAGCGACAAAGCCAUACAAGACCUGAUAACCGAGAUCCGCGUCUACAUGUCAGUGCUCUUCAAGGUCUCGGAAAGUGUUGCCAUGCUGGACGUACUUUCAUCUUUUGCUCACAAUGUCACCUUGCACGAAUACACUCGACCUCGGAUUACACAAACUCUCGGCAUCAAAGCUGGUCGCCAUCCCAUCAGGGAGAAAGUACAGAGAAGUCCUUUCAUAGCGAAUGAUGUGUUUGCUACCCAACAGUCACGCUUCCAGGUUAUCACAGGAUGUAAUAUGAGUGGCAAAAGCACUUACAUCCGUUCGAUCGCUCUGUUGUCGGUGAUGGCUCAGAUAGGUUGCUUUGUUCCGGCGGAAUUCGCCUCUUUUCCGAUUAUCAAGCAACUCUUUGCGAGAAUAUCCAUCGAUGACAGCAUCGAGGCCAAUGUAUCGACGUUUGCGUCAGAGAUGAGAGAGACGUCAUUUAUUCUGAGAAAUAUCGAUAGAAACAGCUUGGUAAUCAUCGACGAGCUAGGUCGGGGAACAAGUCCACGAGAUGGACUUGCCAUAGCUCUGGCCAUUGCAGAGGCUAUGGUGGAAAGCCGGGCCUUGGUCUGGUUCGCAACACACUUUCGCGAUCUGGCAAAGAUCCUGGCAGAACGCAACGGUGUGGUCAACAAGCAUUUGGCGGUGGACAUGUCCGAAGCCGAUACGAUGGCGAUGCUGUACCGACUCACCGAUGGCGUCGUCUCCGAGCAACACUAUGGCUUGCAGCUAGCAAAGGUCAUGCCGCUGCCUCCCGACGUAAUCGACUACGCAACACAAGUAGCAGAACAGCUACAAGCGCAAGUGGAGAGAAGAAAGAAAGUUUCCAAGGCCGUCAUCAUCGGGAGGAAGAGAAAACUCAUCCUAGGGCUGAGAGAAGAACUCAUGCAUGCUUGUGGUGGUGCAAUGGAAGGUCCAGUCCUCCAGAUCUGGCUUAGAGAACUUCAGCGCGAGUUUGAGGCUCGGAUGACGGCGAUCGAGAGGGAAGCUGAUGAAGCUGAUCUUGAUGUGGAUAUCGAGAUGAUGGACUCGGGGGCCACGACGAGUGAUACUGGCUCAGUAAUGGACCGUGAUGGGGACAGAGCGACGAGUAGCCAAGGCGCCGAGUCGACGGUCGAAGAUGACAGCAACAUCGCUGACAGGUACUGA